AGACAGCAUCAGUAGUGGCCAGACUGGCGGGCCGCGCGGACAGCAGUUAAGAUACCCAGCAAGUGUGUGUGUGUGUGUGAGAGGAGAGGUAACGAGCGAGGCUUGUGUCGCGGCACCUUCACCCUCGUGCGCGGACCUCGCUUAUUAUCAUUAAAACCUUUACUCUGCUUCGUGCGGUGUUAAUUACCAGUGAAUGAAUAGAUUAAAUUAAUGUGCUCUGGUUUAAUGUCCUAUAGUGAUGUGGAUAUCUGAAUGUGCAAAUGGAAGAGCCUGCUUCCUAUCAAGAUAUUGAAAAUAAGUUGUUAGAUCUGAGGUCAAGCAGUCAGGAUAUAUGGUAUGUGUAGGGUGAGUGUGCUCCGUAUAUCAGGGCAUCAGUUGACGAGGCGCCCUGUGACAUACGUUGUUUUGUGACCCCGUCUACACUCACGCCCGCACAGUUGACGAGAAUUUUGUUGGGGGUUGUCGCAGGUCCAGUGGUCGGGCAGGGCUGGGUAGCCGGUGUGGCCCACGGGCCGCACUGGCGACAUGGGCGGCAGGUGCGGGCCACAAUGGUGGCGGGGCGCGCAGUUAAAGCUGCAGCAACAGGUGGGUGGCCUGGCCGGGCCACCGUCUCACUGACCAUUUUCAUGAACCAAUAUAGUUGCGGUGCGGCCCACCUGGCCACAUUUCUCUUGUUGGUCACGGUGGGCGUGGCCGGGGCUGUGGCCAAGCCGGCACCGCCACUUGGGGCCAUCAACUCCACCCCCUCCCACCACUCUCCCGAGGACGAAGACUACUAUUAUUACGACUACGACUACGGGUCCAACGACAACCUUAAUAUGAGUGAGUUCCAUCUACCGGAGGAGGCAGGGGAAGACGCCCCCCACGUGCCUCGUUACAUGCUUGAGCUCUACGCUGACCAGAGCUCCUUACACGCCAACCCGCACCCGGGCGCCGACCUCGUCAGGAGUUUCAUCGCUGUCACCACAGAGUCAUCACACAAGGGAGGAGAGGCGAGGGUGGAAGGUGGAGGCGACGCAGCCAGAGGCAGCGCAGGGGACGCAGCCAGAGGCAGCGGGGUCCGUGUACACACGCUGCUCUUCAACGUGACUGUCCCCCGCCGAGAGAGGGUCACCUCCGCCUCCCUCAGGCUCUACGCUCUCAUUACCCGGGACCAGUACGCUUAUAUUGGUGUGGAGCGUCGGGUCCGUCUGGUGAUCGAGACAGAGCGAGGCAUCACGCUGGACGACAUCACGCCGCAGGGGCUGGUGGUGAGCGACACGGAGAGUGGCGGCGGCGGCCUGGGCACCGGCAGGGGAGGCGUGCAGGUCACUGUGUGCGAGAGAGACAUCUACGAGCUGCAGAAUGCCUGGGAGACGUUCGACGUCACCUCUGCCGUCAAGUACUGGAUGGCUCACCCCUCCGUCCCGCAACUGUUGCAGAUUCACAUCGAAUCAGUGUUCUCGACGGUCGGGGAAGGUGGAGACAUGGACGUGGCGACAGCGCCCCGCACAGACAGCGAGCCCCUCCUCCUCCUCUACUCCUCCACCAGGCACCGCCACCAGGCCCGCAAGGAGCUUGACCUCAUGAUCUCCCACGAGUAUGAGGAUCAUCCAGAGCAUAAGAGGCGAAGGAGACGGCGGUCAAUAGAAGACCCUGAGAGAUUAAGAUCCCGAAGGAAUGUAGCAGAGCUGCAGGAAGAGGAAAGCAAUGUGAUCUGGGAGGGGGAGCUGGAUGUUCCUGGACUCCCCACACAAGCUCAAAAUCCGUUCGGAGGUCGUGCCAAAGGGCGCAGGCCACGCAAGAGGAAAGCAAAGAACGGGUGCAAGAAGAAGCCUCUGAGGGUGGAUUUCAAGGACAUCGGCUGGGACACGUGGAUCAUCGCCCCGCCCUCAUAUGAGGCUAAUCAGUGCAGCGGCAAGUGCAACUAUCCCCUGGCCUCCCACCUGAGCCCGACCAAACACGCCGUGGUGCAGAACCUGGUUCACUCUCUGCAUCCAGACCGCACCUCCCGGGCCUGCUGCGUCCCCACUCUCCUGGGUCCCAUCUCCCUGCUUUACUUGGAAAACGGCAUCACAACAUUCAAGUACGACUACGACGACAUGGUAGUGCUAGAGUGUGGCUGCAGAUAGUGGUGUGUUGGGGGUGGGAGAUAAGUAAACAUAGUGGUGCUAAUGACAUUGAGAAACAAUGAUGGCAGUGAUGGUGGUGAUAUUAGGUGAAACAUGAUCACUGGUGCUAGCAAGUGACUUCCUAAGUAACAAAAAUGAGCCACAGUGACAGAUAAGUAAACAAAGGGAGCGUAGUAACAGCCAUUAAUGACAAAUGAGGCAAUAAGAGGUGCAACCUCAAUGUUGCUGAUGACAUGCAAAUCAGAAAUCUUUGACGAGUUAAUAAGAAACAAAUAUAUGCAGUGCAGAACACGUUCUUGGUAAAAAUAAAUUUUUUUCAGGAAAGUCGUGAGUUUCUAGUGAGAGCUCGUUACAGAAGCAUUGAUUUGAUUAUAAUGUGGUACAUUAAUGAACUUGUGUGAUGGGGAAUAAUUUCUGAACUGUUAUAGAUGUGCGUGUAUGUGUAUAUAGUCUUUGAUACAGAUUUCUAUCCCAACUGCAUUUUUGAAGGAAAAUAUAUAUAAUUGUCUCAGUGAAUAAUGGGCAGUAUGUAAUUAAGUUUAUAUUGAUGUAUAUUUUCAUUUCAAGAUAAGAGAUGCUUUAUUAUUAUAAUUUUAAGAAAUACUAACUCUAAAAACGAGCAUAUACACAACUGCACACACAAAUAUAUUCACAAACUCGGAUAAACAGAUGUACAUUGCCAUUGUAAGGUAUUAAAAUAUUAUAGAUUUUAAAAUAUUUAAUAUAUCAUUGACGUAAUUUGAAACAUGGAGACGGAAUGUACUGCCAUAUGGCAGAGAAAGAUGCACGGUCUGAGGGGGACAUUCGGAGAAAGCAGUAAAUCUAGGCUAUCAAUCAUUUAGUGCGGCAAGAAAGCCACAGUCAAGCUUGCAGCCUGAAGGUAAAACACAAUUUUGUAGUCUGUUAGGUUUGAUUGACUUUGGUACCUUAAAAUUUUGUUUAACAAAGUGGAAAUAGUUGAGCAGUGAUUAAAAAAAAAAUUAAAUCCAAACCAUGGAGUUUUGAGUCGCUGAGAAGUUCUUGGCUGUGAUUAGGCCUAGCAUUGUAUAUUGAAAUACAGUACAUGGAAAUGGCGGGGGAGGGGGGGAGCCAGUAUUUGUGAGUGAAAAAUUAAUUUAGCCAAACGUGAUAGUGUGUGACUGGUUAGUCUCGGAUGAAUCGCAUCAUUUAUGUGUACUUCAGAAUGGCUUACAUCUGUCUUAAUGAUAUGCUUGUGCAUGCACACCACACUAGUUGACAUAUAUAUAAACCCCAUGACUGUCAUAACUUAAUCUUAUGCACUCUCUAAUAUGUGCUUGUAGGGCCACUUUAAACCACUACGCAUUUGCAAUCAUUCCUGCACCUUUUCUUCAUUACAUACUCUUGAUACCAUGUACAGUAUGUACUACCCCCACCUACCUCAACUAGGUCACUAUUCGUAGACUGAAAAUGACUCCAUUCAUCUCUGUUCUAGGUGUUUAGUUUCCACCCAUGUCCUUUCAUUUUACUCCUGCUCAUAGUGAGCAUUGCUGUUAUUCCAACUUGUCACCUUCUAUAAGAAUCUUGUUUGUGAUAUUGCCAUCAUCUCAUCUUUAUCUCUUCUGGCAAAGUGAUGUCCAGAUCAUUAAGCCACAGGCUUCACCUGUAUAUUAUAAAACACGUGCACAAGCUUUACCUUAAAAUAUUUGAAACUGGUAUAAAUGAUUUUAAUGAUAGUAUAUUUCUUACUGUAAGACUAAACAUUAUUGACGAUUCUAUUUAUUAAUGUCUUAUGAUGACGGUAAUUAAUCUUUUUGGAACAUUAGGAGGAGUGUGGUACUUGUUAGUGGAAGAACAUAGUUGUGUGCUAAGGAAUGAGGGAUUUAGGUUGAGUACGUGCAUAUAAUCAUACCUUAGGUACACCCGAGUGAACCUAAGGUAUGAUUACCUUAGGUUCACUUAGGGUAAGGUAUUCCAUGUAGUUACAGGAUGAGAGCUAGGCUGGCAGUAUCCUGUCUUCCCAAUAUUGUGUCAUAUGAUGCUUUGAAACUACUGAUGGUUUUGGCAUCCACUACCUUCUCAUCUAUAUUAUUUCAUCCGUCAGUCACUCUGCAAAAGAAUUUCAGAACAAAAAUAUUAAAUUAUCUUUUGCAAACAGUGGUAGACGGAACAAGGGAGAAUGAUGUGGAUGCCGAAACCAUCAGUAGUUUAAAGGCAUCAUAUGACAGAGUAUUAGGAAGAUGCGACACCAUGAACAUGGCUUUCACCUUGUAAUUACACCUAAGUAAUUACACAUCAGUACCUUAGGUGCAACUGAGCAGGUGCACACAGCAGUACCUCGGGUGCCGCUGGACAGAAGGGAGUUGAGGCUUCAAUCUUCCCCCACAUUCACUCUUGAAACCAUACAAUACACGGUAAAUAAACUUGGUCAUACUCCUGUAACUUGUAUAUAUAUAUACGUGUAUGAAUAAUUAUACUUGUGUAUGGACAAAUGUGACAUGUUACAAAUAAUUACUAAUUUGUAACGAGAGUACACUAGAAGUGCAGCAGAUGUGGUCUUCAGCAUAUGUUGAAUUUGCUACAAGAGCAGUUCAAAUGCAAUUCACUAAUUUCCACAAAUGUAUUAUAAUAAUUUUCAUUUUUUUUAACAUUGUAAAUUUUGUAAACCUACAAAAAAUAUCAUUUCAUCUUGAGAUCUGUAUAAUUUAACAAAGUGCCAUUCACAGACCCGAGUUAUAACCUCACUUGGAGCAGCCAUAAGAUCCAAAUGUCAUGUGCAGGUUCAUACUCAAUCCAAGCCAUGUUCCCUUUGAAUUUCUUUAUAAUUUCUGUUGUCAUAUGUAAUGCACAACUUAAUAUUUAUAAGACAGGAAAACUGCAUUGAUUGAUAAUACCUUGUACAUACAUAGAGAGGUGUGGGAUGACAUUAAAUUGUACCUGUUAAGUACGCUACUCAGCUCUGGUAUAGUCAUGUAAAAAUUAAGUGUUAAAUGUAGCAAAAUGCUCUUUUUUCUGGUGCGUCCGAAGUGCCUUAACAAUGGUGUUAACAAGUUCUAGCCCAACACCCCAGGCCUCCGAGACCCAUCCGUAAACUGCCAGGACCAUAAUCUGACUCAUUCUGCAAAGCGAGGGAGACAGGGGAUUAAAGAUCAGCAAAUAAAGUGAGAAAACCAUGCCAGAAAACAUUGACCUUAAAAAGUGACUGCUUAAGGAAAAUUAGGCAACUCGAGGUAAAUGAUCGUUGCUGCGAGGGUAAAUAUCCUGACUGACUGAUGUACUGUACCUGAUUGUCACCCAAUGGUAGCUCAGCUCACCUGAGGCCCCUAACCUAGCCAGUCACCACUCUUGAGCCGCCCGGGUCAAACCUCCAUAAAAAGGGAACAGGGUCAGAACAGUGAGCCACAGGAGACUUGCCAGAAAGGGCGUUUCAUAACAUUCAUCGCUUGUUCUGCAAAGAACCCUUUAUUAGAUCCCUGAGCAUACAAUAAUGCCUCAAUAGGGGAGGCUAGUUUUUACCAAAAUACAAAGGCUAAUUGGACCAACCUUUGCGUAAAGAAUGAAAGGCCGUCAACAGGAGGACUGACUGCCAGGGACUCGAACUUCAAGAUCAGUCGUGGUUAAAAUGGAAAAGAAAUUUGUUAAAGCGGCAAACAUCCACACAACCCCAGAUUGGGAACAAGUAGCUGGCUGGCUGGCUGGACUGAAGCACCGUGCAGAGGACCUGGUAAAGAUGAGCCUUGGCUUAAGGGGAACACACACAGAGCCUCGUCUUGUUCUACCUUGGCAGAGCCUUAUGUCUGGAGAAAAGCGUAACCUCGCCUCUUUCUCCUGGUGUCUUAAGUGUUCUAUGAUUUCCAGCUGGGGUCUGUUGUGUGCACUAUCCUAUAGUUGCAAAACAAAUAAAUAACAAAUAAAUUGUAUUUAUUUUGCAGCUAUAGGACAGUCCAACAGAUUCUGACUGGAAAUCAUAGAACACUUGAGACAGCCGGAAAAAAAGAGGAGAGGACACGCCCUUCUCCCAUAUAUAAGUGAGAGAGACUGUCAUGAUAGAACAAGAUGAGGUAAAAGUGAGCCAGACUGGAUACCGACUCCAGGUAGUUUAUGGAAGAGUUUCGGAGGCUUGGUGUACCGAGAUAAAAGUUUGGUGUUACCAAAGUUAAGCUUGGGGAAACCACUGAGGCGGAUCCCUUCCAGAAACAGGUGAUUGUCAGUGUUUGACAUCUCUCAUUCAAAUGUUUUGUAAACAAUAUAUUUUGUAUAUUAAGAUUAUAUUUAAAUACACAGUGAAUGCAAGUACAGUAUUCUCUUUAAAUACUCGGCUAUGCCCAUUUUAUAUUUUGUUCAUAUAUUUUAUGUACUGGAUUUAUUAAAAUUUGCUCAAGAGCUCCUUUCAAAA